CAAAAUUUAGGUCAUUUAGUCUUAAAUAUGAUUUUGUACAAGUUGUCAACUACUGCCUAACUUAAGCACACACGUUAUACAAUAUAUUCUCACAUUGAUUUAUGAAAAAAAACAAACAAUUAUUAUUGUUUUCCAGGUCACAUAGAACAUAUGGUAUUAUUAAACCAUAGUUUAAUUGUGAUCUGUUAUCGUGUGUCAUGAGUCAUCAUCAUCCUCAUCACUCAAUGCAAUCACAAUUUCUAACAUCACCAUUAACGGAUAGAUCAAAUAUUACACAUUCUAGCACUGAUCUAAUUAUGGGAAAUACUAUACCGUCUUCUUUUCUUGAUUUAAAUCUAACUCAAACAACAAAUGGUUUAUUAUUAAACACCAAUGAUAUGGAUUUGAAUCGUCAAACACGUGUAAAUUUAACAGAUGAUAAUUCACAAUGUAAAUCACCUUUAUGGGUCCCACCUGUUACACCAUAUACUUUACUUGGUUUGUUAAAACCUCAUUUAACACAAUCUGGUUUACUUAUUAAUAACAAUCCAACACAUCAACAGCAGCAACAACAACAUACAAAUACUGGGACACUUCUAAAUACUAAAUUAUGUGAAGAUUCAAUAGGAGGACAUCAACAGUUUCAACAACAACAACAGUCUAGUUUGAAGCAAUCUCAACAACAUAUUUCAUCGAUAUCUGCUUAUCUUUCAGAACUUUUAAAUCAAUCUCAAACAUCUUUACCAUCAACAACAACAACAACAACGACUAGUGGGAAGAAUUCAGUACAUGCUUUAUACGAGAAAAUUCUUAUCGGUGAAUUAGAUCAAUUACAUAAAUCCUUAGAACAACGAUGUCUCCUAUCGAAUACAUUUGAUUCAAAUCAAUUAAUGACAGCAGUUACAUGUACAGAAGAAGAUAAUGGUAAUAUUCAUGAGAAUGCUAACUCUUUUAUGAUACCACCAACAGUGGCAGUAACAACAAUUCCUUCAUCAUCUUCCUCAUCAUUAUCAUCGUCAUCAUCAUCACCGUCAUUAUCAUCGACAACAAUAACCGGUUUAAAAUUUGGUAAUAAUUCAACAUUAGGUACUAAUUUACCAGCAUUUACAACGGAUCCUGCUAGAGCAUUACUUAUUGCUGGACAAGUCUGUGAUUGGCCAGGUUGUGGAGCUAUUCUUGGUCCAGAUACAUCAUUUAUUGAACAUUUGAAUAAAUCACAUCAAUUAUCAUUACAAGCGCUUGCACAAGUUGAAGUAUGUGCAUCAAGAUUAGAAUUGUACUUGAGAACAGUUCGUAAAGAAUCACAACGUUUAAAUGCAAUGGUACGACAUUUAAUUGGUCGUGCACGUUGUGGUGGUACAACUUUUGAAUGGUCAACAAAUUCAUCGUCAUCAUCAUCAUGUAAUUCAAUUCCUGCAUCUUUAGGAAAUUGUACAUUGAACUGUUUUCCUAAAUCUAAUAAUAAUAAUAAUAAUACUAAUCAACCAAUUUAUCAAGUUGGUUCAUUCAAUUGGAAUACUAAUGGACAAUUAGAUCCUACUGUUAAUUCUCUAACAAAUGGAACAUUGGAAUUAUCAGAUAAGACAGAUAUAGAAUCAACUGCUGUUUAUGAAUCUCAAGUACAAAAUAUGAAUUCAAUUUAUCGUUCAGAUAAUACAGUUGUACAUUGUAGUCCAGUUUAUAGUACUACAACAACUACAUCAGAAUCAUGGUGUACAGAUCAAUUAAUUAUUCCAGAUUGUAAUACAAUGUCUAUGCUACGUGAUUUACCGCUACAUCAUAGACGUAGUGCAGUACAUGCAUUAACAUCACGUUGGUCUACAUCCAAUAAUAAUAAUAAUAAUAAUCAUCAUUCAACAUUAGACACAUCAUACAAUUCGAACGCAUUAAUUAAUCAAAUCCCCAAUAAUAAUAAUAAUAGUAACACUACUACAACUAAUAAUAAUAAUAAUAAUAAUAGUUUAUCACCUACAUUACCUGUAUUUCCAACAAAUCCAACUGAUUGUUUUUCAUCUAAUAAUACAAUGGAUAAAUUAACUAUUCCUACACAAUCGACACCGACAUCAUGUCAUCCAGCUUUAAUAGCUAGUGCAGCAGCAGCAUUAUUAUCAAGUGUAUCAAGUUUACAAAAUCAACUUAUCACUAGUAUAUCGACUCAUCAUCCUGUAUUAACUGGUCAGUUACAAACUACAAAUGAUCAACAACAUCAACAGCAACAACAACAACAACAACAACAACAUCCUCAUCAGUCGACAUCCGCGAAUGCAGCUGCUGCGGCUAUGGCGGUUGCGGCCGCAGCAGCAGCAGCUUCUGGUUUAUCUAACACUGGGUCAAUGUCAUGGCUUCCAAGAUCAACUACCAAUAACAACAUUAAUAGUAGUAGUAGUAGUACUAGUAUUGGAAAUAUUCCAACUUUUGAUCCUAAGGAAUUUGAUGCAACUGCAGCCGCAGCAGCUGCCGCUGCCGCCGCUGCUGCUGCGGCGGCGGCUGUUGCCGCUUCUAAUCCUACCUCUACAAAUGGUGGUUUCUUUGACUCGAAUACUACAGUUCCUAUAGUUCCUCCACUUCCGCCACCACCUCCUAAUGCUCCUACAGCUGUUGCCAAUACUACAACCGCAAGCCUCUCAUCGUCGUUAUUUGAUAAAACAGUUAAACAACGUUGGUUUGAUGCAUCUAGACAAGAUGAUAUAAUGACAACGACAACACCAACACCGCCACCACCGCUGCUAGCAACAUCGUUAACGUCGACAACAGUAACAACGUCGACGUCGUUACCUACGACGACGAUAACUACUACGAUGUCAACAGUAGGGAGAUCAUCUAAUAAUAAUAGUGGGAGUAAUAGUAAUAAUAAUAGUAUUAGAACAAGAGGCAGAGAUCAUCAAAUCAAAUCUUCUAUUAAUCAUGAACUAUCUAUUAUCGAAUAUGAGAAACAAGGCAGAACAGUUGAAAAUUCUGAGAAGUCAGCAAUUCAUUGUAAUUUACCAGAAGCUAUGGAUUCUGAAAAUUCGUUAAUCAUGACAAGUGAAAAUCUUCCAUACUCAUCAUCAUCAUCAUCAUCAUCCUCAUCCUCAUCGGUACUCGUAGUACCGGCAGCAGCAGCAGCAGCUUCAACAGGGACUUCUUGUUUGCUAACAGCGUCAACCACAGGGACAAUGAUAACAACACCAGCGACAACAACAUCAACAACGUCUAAUACGAGUGGUACUAGUUCAACCACAAGUAAUAAUAAUAAUAAUAAUAAUAACAAUAACACAUCAUUAGCUCAAAGACAAUACUAUCGAUCGCAUUGUGCACGUCCCAGAUUCACUUAUGCUAAUUUAAUACGUCAAGCUAUAUUGGAAUCACCAGGACAACAAUUAUCCUUGAGUGCAAUUUAUGUAUGGUUACAACGUGAGUUUGCCUAUUUUCGACAAAAUGAAGCUACAUGGAAAAAUGCUGUAAGGCAUAAUUUAUCAUUACAUAAAUGUUUCCGACGAUUGGAAACCACUUCUGGAUCAGUUUGGGUUGUUGAUGAAAGUGAAUAUCAAAGACGUAAAGCUAAACGAGCAGUACGUUGGUAUCCCAAUAGCACUGGAGGUAAACAUCAAGGUUCCACAAAAUCCACUCGUAAUGAUAGUGUAGUCAUAGCCAAUGAGACUAUUUCAUCAAAAAUUACCACAUCAUCCUUAUCGAGCAUAGUUGAUGCACCGAUGCCUAUGGAGGAUAUUCAAUUAACAAUAACAACAACACCAACACCGCCAGCACAGACAACAACAACAACAACAACCACCACUUCAUUAUCAUCACCAACACAUUCAUUUGUUUCACAUCAAUCAAUCACCACAAUGGAAUUAAAUCAUACAUCUCAUUCACCGAAAUUGAAUCAUUUCUCACCAGAAUUAAUCACAUCAUCUUCAUCAUCAUCAUCAUCAUUAGUGCAUACAACGAAUAAUAAUUCGUGUACAACUACUCCAUCACAAUCAUCCCCUUUAUUAUCAGCUUUAUUAUUACCGCCAUCUAGUUUAUCAAAUCAAGAAACUCUUGCAAAUCGUCAUUCAACAUUGAAUCAAAUGAAUUUUAUGAAAAUGGAAGAACAAGAAGAAGAAAAUGAAGAAGAAGAAGCUGUUGGAACAGUAGAAUCUAAUGAACGAGUUAUUAUUUCAUCAACAAUUGGCAAUUCAACCAUGAUUAUGUCAGCUGAUGAUGAUAGUCCUGCAAAUAAUAAUAACAAUAAUAAUAAUACUAAUAUAAUUAUAUCAUGCUCAUCACCACCAACUUUAACAUCAUCAUUGUAUACAACUGUUAUGACUUCAGCAUCGAGUCAACAUUUAAAUGAUGUUAUGGUUACUACUACUACUACUACUGACAUUGCUAUGAUCACAGAUUGUACGACAACAACAACAGCUGCUACUACUGAUGAUGAUGUAAUAAUGAAUGGGAUGGUCAUAGAUUCUUUACCGACUAGCGUUACAGUUGAUAGUUCAGAAGGUGAACAACAGUUCGAUAAGAUAUUGUCAGCUAUUCACAAUGACAAUAAAGACAAAACUAAUAAUAAUAUGGAUUCAUUGAAUUCAGAUAUUGAAAUGUCAAGUAAUUCAGAACUGAAUUUGGAACAAGUCGUUGAACAAAAUCCGAUAACAGAACUAUCCGAGAAAUCCACUGUAUCAUUAAUACCACCGGUGUUAACAAUGAAUUUAGAAGAUUCAAAUUAUACUACUACUACUGAUACUACUAACAAUAAUACUACACUAAUAAAUGAUGAUGAUAUGAUGAAUACAUCUCUAGAUACAAUACCUACACUAAUCAAUAAUACUACUGAAAUGAUAACAACAGCUAAUACUAAUCAUAGCUGUGAUACUGCUGAUCAUUAUGAUGAGACGAAAAAGAAUGAUGGUCAUGAUGAUGAAGCUACUAGCACUGGUAACAGUGAUAAUAAUAAUAAUAAUAAUAAUAAUAAUACAAUAACGAACUCAACUUCAAGAAAAUGGCCAACUGUUCGUCUUGUACCGAAUUUGUUACGUCAUCCUACAAAAUAUUCACUAUGAAAGCCUCCUGUAUACCUUUAUCGUUGAGAUAUAAAAUGUAUAUAUAUAUACAUGUAUACAUAUAUAUAAUACCAAUUUGUGUUUUCACAUCUCCAGUUAUUCGUAUUGUUUCAUUGAAUUUUGUACAUGAUAUAAUAUCUAUAUACAUAAAUUAACAGUAUC